AUGAGCGCUACUCUUAAUCAGUCAGCAUACACGCUGGUUUAUGAUCCGAGCCCCAGCUUUGUUGGUUACACCAAUCAAGAGCUGCAAAGAUCUUUGGAAAAGGGGUCAGACGAGGAAAAGAUCAGCACGAUGAAACGGAUCCUUGUUAUGAUGUUGGAUGGAAACCCCUUGCCAGAAAUGCUUAUGCACGUAAUCAGGUUUGUGAUGCCAUCCAAAAACAAGCAAUUGAAGAAACUUCUAUAUUUUUAUUGGGAAAUUGUCCCUAAGCUUGAUAGUGAAGGCAAACUAAAGCAGGAGAUGAUCUUGGUGUGUAAUGCGAUCCAACAUGACUUGCAACACCCUAAUGAGUACAUCCGCGGUAACACACUGAGGUUUUUAACAAAAUUGCGCGAGGCCGAUCUUUUGGAACAAAUGGUACCUGCAGUGCGCAGUUGCUUGGAGUACCGCCACGCGUACAUCCGCAAAUAUGCUAUUCUGGCUGUGUACUCAAUUUACAAAGUCAGUGAGCAUUUGAUCCCAGAUGCUUGCGAAAUUAUGGACUCGUUUUUAGUGGCUGAAACUGAUCCCGUUUGUAAAAGAAAUGCAUUCUUAGGGCUGGCCGAUCUUGAUCGCGAGGCUGCCCUUAACUACUUACAGGAAAACAUUGCGUCUAUUGAAAGUCUUGAUUCCCUUUUGCAAGACGCAUUCAUUGAAUUUAUCAGAAAAGACGCAAUCCAAACACCUACCCUGAAGCCUCAGUACGUGGAUCUAUUGCAAGAUCUAUUGGCAGCUACAACUUCACAUGAGGUUAUUUUUGAGGCUUCCCUAGCGUUGAGCGUUCUGACCAAUGAUCCUCGUGAGCUUUCUGAGGUUGCCACUAAGCUUAUAGACUUAGCAGUCAAGGAAUCAGACAAUAAUGUCAAACUCAUCGUUCUUGAAAGAAUCCAAGACGUUCACAAAAGAGUACCUGGGUUUCUAGAGGAACUCACACUAGAUAUUUUGCGUGUUUUGAGUGCUCAGGACUUGGAUGUUCGCUCUAAAGCUCUUGAUAUUGCCCUCGAACUUGUUUCUUCAAGGAACGUGGAUGAUGUUGUCAAGCUUUUGAAGAAAGAGCUUCAGAUUACUAUUGCGAAUGCCCAUAAUGAUGAAAAGGCUAUAGAGUACAGACAGCUACUAAUCAAAAACAUUCACAAAGUUGCUAUUAGAUUUGUUGAGGUUUCUGCUGACGUUGUUUCGUUGUUCUUGGAAUUCAUUGGUGAACUCAGCUCUAGCGCUGCAAGCGAUGUGAUAGCGUUCAUCAAGCAAGUCAUCGAAAAGUACCCUCAACUUAGAAAAGAAAUCUUGCAGCACCUUAUUGGGGCCCUUCCUUAUGUUUCGUCAGCUAAAGCAUACCGCGGGGCUUUGUGGAUCUUGGGUGAGUACUCCUUGGAUGCCGAAGACAUCCAAAGCACCUGGAAACAUAUCCGCAGCAGCGUUGGUGAGCUGCCAAUAGUUCAGUCCGAACUUAGACAGAUGGAAGGCGAGAGUUCUGAUGAACUGCCUUCGUCAGAACAGCAGUCUGCGCCUUCUGGCCCCGUUGUCCUACCAGAUGGGACGUAUGCUACUGAGUCAGCCUUCGCCGCAGAUGCGGGCAAGUCUUUGACGAAGGAAGAAAGGGACUCGAGGCCACCUUUGCGCCGCUUUAUUCUCAACGGAGAUUUCUACACCACAUCGGUUCUUGCAACUACAAUUGUCAAAUGUGCUCUAAGAUUCGAGCGGACCUCGAAGGAUGAGGCUAUUCUCAAUGCUUUGAAAGCGGAAGCCAUGUUAAUUCUUGUUAGCAUUCUAAGGGCUGGCCAGAGUUCUUUGGUCGAGAAAAAGAUUGACGAGGACUCCUCUGAGAGAAUUAUGAUUGCAUUGUCAAUUUUGAUGGAUGGCACACACAUCCAAGAGUCCCCAGAGGGUAAGAGACUCUUGGAACUGGCGUACUUGGAAGCCACUAAGAGUUCAUUUGAGUCAAAAGUUGCGAGUGCGGAACGUAAAUCCGCGAAGGAAUCUGCGUCUGCUUUGGCUCGCACUGCUGAGCCCAUCGACAAGGCCAUUUCGUUCAGACAGUUUGCUUCAGUCGAUAUUCAAAACACUCCAGUCGACACAAUCAAUGAGGACUUAGAAAGAGCUAUAUCAGGAGACUCUUCGGCUAGCCAGGGUUUGGCAUCUGUGACAUCUAAGUUGAAGAAGAUCGUACCACUUACAGGCUUCUCAGAUCCAGUCUACGCUGAGGCCUACAUCACAAACCACCAAUUCGAUGUCGUAUUGGAUGUGUUGCUAGUUAAUCAAACAACGGAAACAUUGAGGAACCUUCACGUCCAAUUUGCGACCUUAGGGGACUUGAAGAUUAUUGACAGCCCGCCAAGCACUAAUGUUAUUGCUCACGGGUUUCACAAAUUGACUGUCACAGUGAAGGUUUCGUCUGCCGACACCGGUGUCAUAUUCGGUAACAUCAUUUAUGAUGGCGGUCACGGUGAGGAUGCUCGCUAUGUGAUCAUGAACGACAUUCACGUGGAUAUAAUGGAUUACAUUAAGCCAGCUAAGACCGACGAUGCCACGUUCCGUAAAAUGUGGAACGCUUUUGAAUGGGAAAACAAAAUAACGGUCAAGUCGAAGCUCCCCACACUACAUGCAUAUUUGGAUGAGCUCAUCAAGGGAAUGCGUAUGGGUAUUUUAACUCCCGAAGAAGCCCUGGGCGAGGAAGGAUGUAGAUUUUUGAGUUGCAACCUUUACUCGAAAUCGACGUUCGGUGAGGAUGCAUUGGCCAACCUCUGUAUCGAAAAAGAUCCUACUUCUCACGAAAUUACUGGACAUGUCCGCAUUCGUUCGAAGGGUCAAGGCCUAGCUCUAUCCUUGGGUGACAGAGUCGCUUUAGUAGCAAGACAAAUGAAUAAGAUAAAAUUGGAUCGCGUUUAA